AUGCUGGAGAUGCCGGAGCUUCCCAAGCCUGCAGAAUUGCCUCCGCUCCCCAAGGUCGAGCUUCCUCCUCUGCCCAAGCCUGAGGUUCCAGAGUUGCCCAAACCCGAAAUCCCCAAGCCUGUUGUUCCUGAGGUGCCGAAACCUGAACUUCCUAAGCCUCAGGUUCCAGAGUUGCCAAAACCUGAGCUCCCUAAGCUUGAAACUCCGGAACUGCCCAAGUCCGAAAUCCCUAAACCUGAAGUUCCUGAGGUCCCGAAACCUGAAAUCCCAAAGCCCCAAGUUCCCGAGCUUCCAAAGCCUCAAGUUCCAGAGCUGCCAAAACCUGAAACUCCUAAGCCUGUAGUUCCAGAGUUGCCCAAACCUGAAAUGCCGAAGCCCCAAGUUCCAGAAGUGCCCAAACCUGAGGUCCCAGCCUUGCCGAAACCUGAAUUCCCAGCUUUCCCAAAACCUGAGGUGCCAGAGCUGCCGAAAGUGCCAGAGAUUCCAAAACCUGAACUCCCAAAAGUACCAGAAUUCCCCCAUCUGCCUGACCUUCCGAAACCCAUUACUCCUUGA